AUGGAUCCUGCCUUAUACAAAGACGUUGUCGUCCCCAGAGGUUUCAAGUAUCACUACUAUUAUUCUCCUGCUGCUGAGGGAAAGCCAACGUUGCUUUUACUUCAUGGAUUUCCUGCCACAUCUUACGAUUGGAGGAGGCAAAUCGCGUAUUUCCAGCCAAAGGGUUAUGGGAUUCUCGCGCCUGAUAGUCUAGGAUCGGGGGGAUCAUCGACGCCACUCGAUGUGAACGCGUUCCUUAUGAACGAAGCUGCGGGCGAUAUCAUUCAUAUCUUGGACACUGAAAAUUUGGACAAAGUCGUUGGUUUUGGGCACGAUUGGGGUUCUAUCCUGCUUUCUCGUUUGUCAUUACUUCAUUCAGAUCGUUUCAUUGGCUUCGUCUGGAUGGGCCUCUCUUUCUUGCCGCCUUCCACCCAGGCAUUUGACUUGGAAGCUGGAAUGCAGUUCGCAAAAUCACUUGUUGGCUACGAGGCUUAUGCUUAUUGGCAAUUCUUUAUAUCAGAAAAGGCCCCUGAACUUAUCGAGAAAAAUAUUGAAAGCUUCAGUCAACUAUUGUAUCCAAAGGAAAGUCCUGCCUGCUGGCUCGAAUGGAUCACCGUCAGAGGUAAAACGGAAGAAUGGAUGGUGAAUAACAAGCAACCAGGCCGGCCAUCCUGGCUCAGUGACGAAGAAUUCGACAGGUUAAACAGUGACGUGUUGAAAUCUGGUAUCCGCUCGUCUCUUAACUGGUACAAAGCUCAAGUAGGAAACAUCGACUUAGAGGAUAACAAGAAAAUCCCUGUCGAAAACUACAAACUCAAGUCGCCAUCAUUUUUGGCGGCUUCAAUGAGAGAUCCUGUUUCAGUUCCCUCGAUGUCAAUAGCCAUCCUUGGACAACAUUGUGAUCAGGUGAAAACUGUUGAAUUUGAUGCUGGACACUGGGUUCACGUUGAAAGGUCUGAAGAAGUGAAUAAGGCAGUUGAAGAGUGGUUGGCAGAUCUCCCUAAAGCUUGA